AUGCUCCCCGGCAUGCUGCCCGGCGGCCCCGGCGCACCGCCCCUUCCCGGGAUGAUGCCCCCCGGAGGCGCACCGGGGAUGCCCCCGAUGCCACCGCAACCCAGCACUACCACCUCCAUGUCCGAAGCCGAUCUCUUGGCUGCGGCAGACGCGCAACUCGCGGCCUUAGACAGCAUCAAGCCCCCGCCCCCCCCGAAGUCUCCGCGGAGCGGCCGGAACCGCACGGACAGCGAUUUGCCCCCGCCCCCACCCGUGAACCCCUUCGACGCUAACCAGCUGAUCCACGCCAACAAGCGAGACAACAUGAGCGCGUCUGCGGGCGACAACAACAACGUGGCGCUGGAUAUCAAAUGCAGAAAUGUCUGGGUCGGGAAGAGUCAUGCCGUUUUUGCAUGACGCAGAGGGUCUGGCAUGGAAGCUCUAGCGUCACAGGUUUCGAGAAGCUUCCGCAAUGCCGAAUUUGCAUGACAAAGCCUCCACUUUGGUGACAGAAAGUGGGCAGCUUUUGCUACCUAUGCAUGAGAGAUGUUUCUGUAUUCUGAAAUGCGCAUCACAAGCUUGUCUUCUUCCAGACCCAGACACUUGUGCAAUCCAUACUGGAAGUGAACCGCUUUACCGCGAUGCUCACGCAGGGUCUGAUGUCGCACAAGGAGAAAGUGGAAUCGGUGCACGGGGCUGGCGCGGUGGACCACGUGUCCGCGCAGCCGGCCGCCGACUUCGGGCACGACCGGCGGGGCCAGCACCAAUUCACCGGCAACAACGGCAGGAACGCGUUUCUCGACCCCGACGCGGUAUGAAAUGCAAAUAUGUCUGGGUCUGGAAUAAAAGUGGAACUUGUCUUGCACGUCUUGCAUUCCUGAAAAAUUUGUGUUGCACAGCCAGCAAGAAAGGCGGUACUUUUUCGUUCUGCAAAAACGCAGUUUGUCAUGCGUGCUACGCAUCAGACGGGGUUAAGUGUACUUGUCAUGCUUGGCUGCACUUGAGAGCGCCAGUCUUAUCCAAACUUUAGCAUCACAAAUUCCAGACCCAGACAUAUUUGCAGUUCAUACGCGGACGAAUUUGACAACCCGAAUGGCGUCGCAAUGCCCAACCCGGCGCCCGACAGCAGCAAGGACACCGGGGACCUGUCCCGCCGCAGUCGCGACCGGCGGGACCGACGAAGCCGGGAUCGGGGCGGAAAGCGGGACAAUUCCCGGGAGCGGCGGCGGUAUCGCGACCGGGAACGCGAUAUGAACUGCAAAUAUGUCUGGUUCUGCAAACUUGUGAUGCUAGUUUGUGAAUCCUGGGCGCAGCACUUCAUUAUGCAGCCACGCAUGACAUGUUUCAUCUGAGUUCCUAUGUGUUUCGCUUCCCGCGUGACAAACUGCAUUUUUUUGCAUGACAGGUGAAAAGAGGCCGCUUAUUUCCUGCUCAUGCAUUACAUUUACAGACUUAAGAGUCAUGUGAGACAAGCAUGACAGACGUCCAGACUCAGACACUUUUGCAAUUGAUACGUGACGACCGCGACCGGAGGCGGGACCGGGACGGGGACCGGCGGCGGAGUCGGGACCGGGAGCGGGAAUCUGGCUUCAACAAGGUCGACGAAAGGAAGAAGGAGAUUGGCAAGCUGGUUGCCACCCGGGGGCAGUGGGCCGAGUACGUGCACGCCGGCGGGACCUACUGGGUCCACGUGUUGACAAAAGAGCGGACGAACGAAAAGCCGACGGAUUUUGAGGUACAGAAGAUACUUAAGUAUAGGUAGAUGAACGACCACCUCCCACUUGGCAGCUUACUGCUUCGGAAUAAAUGAAGUUUCGUUCAUCUUGCCAGCAGACUUCGCGGAAUUGAUAAAUGAAGUUUUGUAGGUCAACUACAUCUUGUCAUUUAGAUAAAUUUUUUCGAAUACCGAUGUACAGGAAGGGUUGGCUUUUUUGAAAAAGAUGUUGUAAAAACAGCCGCGCGGCGACCCACUUCACCGUCGGUACUUUCACAACGAACUCCAACAACAGGACCGUAUCAUCAAUGUGAUGAAAAUAAAUCGCAUAAUCAUGUUAAAACAGGUCCGUGCGUCCCGCGACUCUUCCGGCAAAACCCGAGCGCAUGGGGCCAACGAUCCGGCCUGUGUGUAUAUUCAAAACGUUCCCUAUGAGAGUGCACAACUCCCCCUCCCCCUCAUUUGCCAUGCAAAAUCCCAAAUUCAGUUGCUACCUUGUGGCACCGCGUGCAUGACAAAUUCCGGAAAUCCAAACAAUACUACACUCGGAGCACGAACCUGUCAUGCACCGGGUCCAUCUGUACGUAGUGUUUGUAAUCCUGUUGAUGCCAUACAAAUGAGGGGGAGGGGGGUUUGUGCACUUUCAUAUUUCCCUCACGUGGACGCAGGUGGAGCUCCGCCAGCAUUUUCAGCAGUUCGGCACCAUUCUGUCCUGCGACGCGCCGUAUCAAAUGCAAAUAUAUAAUCUGGGUCUAGAAGAAUGGAAGUCGAAAUUUGUCAUGCUUGUCUGACAUCACUCUCAAGUCUGUCAUGCACCAAAAGCCCUACUUUUCUGUCAUGCACAAGCUCACUUUGUCAUGCAGAAAAGCCAAGACUCCUGUAGCACCUGCACCCCCAAAACUUGUCAUGCUUGCCAGUCAAUUGAGGCGUCCUCGUCUUUCUCAACCAGCAUCACAAGUUUCCAGACCCACAGGACAUUUUUGCAUUUGAUACGCCGGCCAGUCUGAACGAACCGGGCGUGAACCGCGGCUACGCGUUUGUGACAUUCACGUUAUCAAAAUGAAAAAUCCCCCCUCCCCAUAUUGAAACGGAAACUUCUGUUGCUGGAUUUGUGUACACAAAUCAGCCCUGUCUUGCAGCGAGGCACUACAGGCAAAGCCUCAGGCUGCGUAGGGGUGUUUUGUUGUAGGCGCUUGGCAUAAGAGAGGCCUGCCCUGUAGGUGAAGCAGCAUUACAAAUCGCCUCCAUACGGCGGCGGAUUCUUUGGGUUUGCCUUCUUGCAAGGCAGAUGUGAUUUGUGACCUCAAAUCCGCAACGCAAAUUCUUGGACACAUACCUUUUCGAUAUGGGGAGGGAGGAUUUUUCCUCUCAAUACACGUCCGCGGAGGAGGCGAAAUUGGCGCAGUUGACCAUGAACGGCUUCCCCACCAUCGACGAAAACAACAAUCAAAAGGUCAUUCAGGUCGCCAUUCGUGGCCAGCGCAACAUGAUCGGAGGGGCACCCGGCGCCGCAGGAAUGGGCGGAGGUACUAAUACUGGGAUAAUGGAAAUAGUAAAACAAGACGACAAAGAUAAUGAAGGUGAAUUUCAAACAGAAAGAACAGAAUUCCAUUUCAGUAUCUCAUCAAAAAACCAAAAAUGCUAUUGAAGUAGAUGAAAGCACGCUCGUCUUGUAAUAAUCCCAUGGUGAUCUUGCUCGGGUAACAACUGCACGAGCACGACAGCGAACUGCAGAGCAUGAUCAGUCAGUGUCCAAAAACACGUCCGUCAGAAGGAAGUUGUUGUGCUGCUGCGGUGUAAAAAUAAAGUAGAACAAUUCUGCUGUCGAACAUAAAGGGGCAGUACAACAUCAAACCUGUUCCAAAAAUUCCCCACAUCCCACAUGACAGUUAUUGAGAGCAUGUUUGACCCGGAAACCACGGCGAUGCUGGACCAGCAAUCGCAAAUUCACAUGCAAAUGAAUCUACCUCCCCAAAGCCAAAGCCAAAAUCCGCUUUUGAAGAGCAGAGGUACUAUGAUAAAUGCUCGAAUGAACAUAUGACAGUGCACAACUCCCCCUCCCCCUCAUUUGUCAUGCAAAACACCAAAUCCAAACUGUGUUUCUUGGCAUUGUUUGCAUGACAAACCUACCAGAAGCUCAAACAGCACUUCACUCCUGUGGAAAUUUGUCAUGCAAAAGAACCGGCAUUCUUGCUGACCCUUGUAUUGCCGUUCAUGCUAGACAAAUGAGGGGGAGGGGGAAUUGUGCACUCUCAUAGAACACCACCAGCAAUAUUAAUCCUCUUCUAGAUCCGGCGACUGCCAUGGGUCCGACCACCAACCUGCCCUCCAACGCGAGUAUCCAAGAAAAAAACGUUGUAGGUGUAACUUUUUUGGAGGAGCAGCAUUACAAAUUUGUCUGGCAUGACAGCAAAAACCUGUCAUGCUACGGGAAAACGCCGCUGAAUGGACCCUACGAUGCAUGCUAAGCAUGACAGACGCAGUCAUCUUGUAGAUUGCGCAUCACAAAUUUACACUAACAGCGUUUUUUUCUUGGAUAGCGAGCGCAAACCCAGACAACCCGUAUGGAAUCGGCAUGCAGCAUAUCAAAUGCAAAAUAAAUGUCUGGGUCUGGAAACUUGUGAUGCUGGGUGGCGUCUCAUGAUGAGGCCACAAAUGCUGGCUCAGCAUGACAAGUUUCUGAGUUUCUAGGUGUUGCCUACUCUGCAUGACAAACUGCGUUUCUGCAUCACAGAAAAAUCGACUGGAGCGCUUGGGUAACGUGCAUGACAGAUUUAAGAGUCAUGCCAGACAAGCAUGACAAACAUGCACUCUUCCAGACCCAGACAUUUUUGCACUUGAUGCAGCAACAACCGGGCAUGGCAGGAGCAGGGGGCAACAUGAGUACUAGCAGUACCGGCCAUCUGAUGAUGCCACCGAACAGUAAUUCCUUCGGCGGGAGUGGUGGAAAUGGAAUGCGUAUGCAUAAUGCAAAAGUAUCGUACUAGUAGAAAUUGUCGUGUGGUAAAUUUCUUCUGCGUGAGAAAUGAAUGCUCCAAUCCGGAUUUACCUCGACCUCGAAAAGUGGUAGAUUGCAUGACUGCGAUUUUUUUACUACGAGUGUGAUACUUUUGCAAUGGAUAAAAAAAAUGCAAGGCUCUAGUUCUAUGCCGGACUACCCCUUCGCCCCAAGCGCGACCAAGGGCAUGGGGAAGGCGCAACCGGGCAAGGAGCACUUGAAGAACAUCAGCUGCAUCUACUGGAUGGCCGGGCACUGCCACCGAGGAGAGUCGUGUUUCUACAAGCACGACCCGUUGGAAUUUAACACGAAACCCAUGGGCGCGUCCCGCCCCAACUUGUCUGCGCAUCAAGGCGAGCACCAGGUGAGCAGCUUUAACCAAGCGGUGGCGGAGCUGCAGCUGCAACAGCAGGGCCUCGCACCUGGUGGAUCAUCUUCGGGGGGUAAAGGUGGCUUCCGUUCUUCGAACAACCCGAACAACAUGCCUAUCCACUGCAAGUAUGUCUGGGUCGGGAAGGGCGCAACUUGUGAUGCGCAUUUCAGAUCGCAGAAAAAUCUGUCUUGCAGAAAGAGGAAAAGUAGUUGUCUAUUUUUGGUCGUGGUGAGAGCGGAUUUCUCAUGCAGAGUGGGCAUCGUGAAGCUCUCGAAGACCCUGCGAUGCUGGUCCCUGCAUGCCAGACACUCUUGGUCAUGCAAAACCUGCAUUACAAACAUCUGCAUUCAUCCAGACCCAGCCAUAUUUGCAGUGCAUAAUGCCACUCGGGGGCGCGGGCGGAAUGGGAAUCGCGGGACUGGGCAUUGGUUCGAAAGUGGUUUCCACGGGUGAUUAUGACACGGGGAGCUAG